ACAGGUUUCCUAUCUUCCCACCUUACCGUAUAUUAAACAUGUCUUCAUUUCUGUAUAGAUAGAUACCAGUUUGAUUUGUAUAAUGAUACAGCCACAAAUUAUGGCGAGAACGUAAAUCCCGCCUUAAUAAUAAUACAUUAUUAUUUUCUACAAGAUUUAGCUUAUUAAACGAGCCCACCAAUAUCACUUUUGCCGCCCAUCUUCGAUAUUAAUGAGCCGGUUUAUUGGCAUGCUAUUGACGUGAUAUUGGAUUUGAACCGAGCUCUGCGUCGUGUUUCAGGUCCCUUCAGUGUCAGCGCGUGACAAUGCACAAGCAUCUCUUCGUUUCUUACAUCCUAAAUGCCCUUGCAAGCGUUCUUUGGUUGCAUUCCCACACAAUACCAGGAGUAAGCCAGGUCUAUUGCAAGUUUCUGCACGCGAUCCACCAAUACACAGAAACAAGUAACUAUUUCUGGAUGCUGUGUGAAGGGGUCUACCUUCAUACACUCGUAGUUGUGUCGGUUUUUCGUGAGAAACAGAACCUGCUCAUCUACACAGGCCUAGGCUGGGGAUUCCCGGCACUAUCGUUGCUACUCUAUGUCGUUACUCGCUUUGUGUUGGACGACAGCAGGUCAGUCGUAAUUAGAGUGAUGUCUUGUCUCAUGAUAUUUAACAUGCUCAGUUAACA